GCGCGUCACGCCGCCCGCGCUCCGCCCCCCGCUCCUGCUCCUGCUGCCGGCGCCGCCGCCGCCAGCUCGGCCCGGCGCGGGCGGGAGGGCGGGCGGCGCAGCCAUGGAGCCCGAGUGCCGGGUGCUCUCCAUCCAGAGCCACGUCGUGCGCGGCUACGUGGGCAACAAGGCGGCCACCUUCCCCCUGCAGGUUUUGGGAUUUGAAGUUGAUACGGUGAACUCUGUCCAGUUUUCAAACCACACAGGUUAUGCCCACUGGAAGGGUCAGGUGUUGAAUUCAGAUGAACUUCAUGAACUGUAUGAAGGACUGAAGCUGAACAAGGUCAACCGCUACGAUUAUGUACUCACGGGGUAUACAAGAGACACAUCAUUUCUUGCAAUGGUGGUGGAUAUUGUCCAGGAGUUGAAGCAACAGAAUUCCAACCUUGUAUAUGUGUGUGAUCCAGUGAUGGGUGACAAAUGGAAUGGAGAAGGCUCUAUGUAUGUGCCCAAGGAUCUCCUCCCAGUCUACAGGGACAAAGUUGUACCUGUUGCAGAUAUAAUUACUCCUAACCAGUUUGAAGCUGAGUUACUCACGGGCAGGAAGAUUUACACCGAAAAAGAUGCUUUAGAGGUAAUGGAUAUGCUCCAUGCCAUGGGACCAGAGACUGUGGUGAUCACAAGCUCAGAUCUACAGGCAUCUCUGGGAAAUGACUACUUAAUUGCUCUGGGAAGCCACAGAAAAACUAAAGCAGAUGGUACCAGGAUAACACAAAGAAUUCGAAUGGAGUCUCCUAAAGUGGAUGCUGUCUUUGUUGGAACAGGAGACCUGUUUGCUGCUAUGCUUCUGGCAUGGACACACAAGCAUCCAAACAAUUUGAAGGUGGCAUGUGAAAAGACUGUGUCAGCCAUGCAGCAUGUUCUGCAGAGGACCAUUAAGAGUGCAAAAGCACAAGCUGGAGAAGGAAACAAACCAAACUCAGCCCAGCUGGAACUGAGAAUGGUCCAAAGCAAAAAGGACAUAGAAAACCCAGAGAUCAUAGUGAAAGCCACCGUGUUAUAAAGGCUGUACGUCUCCAAUAACGCA